UGACAAUCCAAUGACUACAAUCAUUAAGUCCCCAAAUUAUGUCUCAAUAUCAUUGCUCUAGUAAUUUAGGCUCCCAAUCUUCAAGGUGCUACCCUAUGAUAGGUGGAGGUGGUCGGCUGACCUAUAGGAAUGCCGCUUUCUUGCAGAAGAGUAAAUCCUUCUUGAUAGGAGGAAUGCACCAAGGUGGCAAUUGAAAGCCACAAUCUUGAUCAAAGGUUAUCCCUUGUGGUUGUUGACUUGUGAUGUUGGCAUGGGUGUGUUUCUGGCCCUGGAAGUGCUGCCUCAGCUCAAUCCUCAAGGACAAGGUUAAUACAGGAAUGCCGAGGUCGAGCUGAAAUGGCUUUUUAUUGUCCAAUCAAGGACUGCCUGGCACUUCAUCAUCAACAGAGUUUUGCCACAUCAAACACUUCAUUGCUUAGAGAAGAAACUGUCAAGGGACACCCUCAAGAAUACCCCUCUCAUGUUCCUGUACAGGUUAAUCUUCCUGCAUUGGGAAGAUGUGAUGAUACUCUGACCUCAUCUAAAUGGGUGAAAGCUACAACUACAGUCUACAGUCUACAGGACUACUGUGAAGUAGUUACCAAGCUGUGUGUAAAUAGUAACAACACUGAAGGAUUUGUUAUAGCAGCUGAUUUCAUUGAAUGA